UAUAUUUGUCCUUCUCCGCAUACCGUAGUGGCGUCAUUGCUCCCGUAUAUGUACAUGCGGUGUUUUCUGAAUGUUACAUUUGCAACAAAAGCGGAAUAGUUACACAUUUGUGAAAGCCCUUUGCUUUACAGGAACGGUAUUUUCAAGCGCCCUUACAAGACAUGGCGGAAAAGGCCCCUUCUGUUGCUCUCGAGGCUGUGCUUAAAGCCAGCAGCGACCUCCCCGAGGAUUUACCGAAGAUCAAAGGCUAUGAUUUUAACCAGGGGGUGGAUCUCCAGGCAGUGCUCAGGUCCUACCUAACCACAGGCUUUCAGGCUAGUAGCCUGGGCUUGGCCAUCCAAGAAAUCAACCAGAUGAUUGAAAAACGCGUGGAGACCGUUGAAGCCGAUAAUGAGUCCGGUGAUACGGCAUCCCGCCCGGGCUGCACCAUUUUCCUGGGAUACACUUCAAACCUCAUCAGCUCUGGAGUCAGGGAGAGCAUCCGAUACUUGGUAGAACACAAAAUGGUUGAUGUGGUUGUGACCACAGCAGGAGGCAUAGAGGAGGACUUCAUCAAGUGUCUGGCUAACACAUACCUCGGAGACUUCAGCUUACCUGGCAAGGAGCUUCGUCUGAGAGGAAUCAACAGGAUCGGGAACCUUCUCGUGCCCAAUGAUAACUACUGCAAGUUUGAAGACUGGCUCAUACCCAUCCUGGACCAGAUGUUGCUGGAGCAGAAUACAGAGGGUACCCGCUGGACUCCUUCCAAAAUGAUCCACCGGCUUGGCAAGGAGAUCAAUAAUACUGAGUCUGUCUACUACUGGGCGUAUAAGAAUAACAUUCCAGUGUUCAGUCCAGCAUUGACAGACGGCUCUCUUGGCGACAUGCUUUACUUCCACUCGUAUAAGAACCCUGGCCUUGUACUGGAUAUUGUGGAGGAUAUACGCAGGUUGAACAGCCAGGCAGUGUAUGCCAAAAAGACGGGGAUGAUCAUUCUGGGAGGCGGGCUGGUCAAGCAUCAUAUAGCCAAUGCCAACCUCAUGAGAAAUGGUGCAGAUUACUGUGUGUACGUCAACACGGGUCAGGAGUUUGACGGUUCCGACUCUGGUGCCAGACCAGAUGAGGCCGUGUCCUGGGGCAAGAUCAGAACUGAUGCCAAACCUGUCAAGGUGUAUGCCGAUGCCUCUUUAGUCUUCCCUCUGAUUGUGGCCGAGACCUUCGCUCUCCAUGCCGACAAGCUGACUGCAGGCAAGAAAACUGAAUGAAGGCUGAGAAGCACUUUGUCUCAUUACGGUUAAACUCUUUUUUCCGAGGGGGGGGGGGGGGGGGGGGACUUAGGGUUCAUGCUGGGUAACUUUUUCAAGCACCGCAGCAUUCCUGUACAAUCAGUGCUGCCAUGUGGAAAUGAGACCGCACGGUCUUUCUUAGGUUUCACGAACAAUAUUUACUUGUUAGGACAAGUUCUAUUACUCUUAUUUAGACGGCUGGAAUAACAGUCGCACGUUGCGGCAUGAACCAAAGAAACCGUCAGUUGGGUGUCAGCAGACGCUAGGGAAUGAAUACCAAUGCGCCCAUCGGACUUUUAUUUAUUUCACUUUACAAUUCCAUGAUUCAACUGAGCAAUGAACUGCGUGGAUGCUUUUCCAGAU